AUGAAUAGAAUAGUAGAGUCAUCGGCUAAGAGCUCUUUGAACAUUCGGCCAAGUACUUUUUUCAGUCGCAUGUUCCGGAGGAAUGCUUCAACAACACAUGAGCUUGAUGCAACGAAAGGGGACAGAGAACGUGUAGUUAUAUUAGGAUCCGGCUGGUCCGGAUUCGUCCUUGCACGACAGUUGGAUACAAAGAAAUUCCAACCUGUUGUUGUAUCACCAAGAUCGUAUUUCGCCUUUACCCCUUUACUCGCUUCAACCGCGGUAGGGACUUUGGAAUUCCGUACAACUUUAGAAUCUGUAAGGGCUCGUCGAACAGGCGUCGAGUUUUAUCAAGGCUGGGCAGACGAUGUCAACUUCAAUGAAAAACGACUUAUCAUUGAAGAGGCUGCACGAAGACCUACUGGACCUGCAGGAAGUAAUAUGAUUCCUGCAGUAGAGCAAGGUGAAAAAGCUCUCGCUACGAAAAAGAAGAAAGGUCAGCUUUUUGAUCUGAGUUAUGAUAAGUUGGUGGUUGCGGUCGGGUGCUACAGUCAGACUUUUGGAACCCCUGGUGUGAGAGAGAAUGCAUUUUUCUUGAAAGAUGUUACAGAUGCCAUCAAAAUCCGGAGAAGAAUCUUGGAGUGCUUUGAGACCGCUGUCCUCCCCACAACAUCACCUGAACUAAAAGCAGCCCUCCUAAACUUCGCCAUCGUCGGCGGUGGUCCAACCGGCAUCGAAUUCGCCGCCGAACUAUUCGACCUCUGCAAAGAAGACCUCGUAAAAGUCUACCCCGCCCUAAUCCCCCACGUUAAAAUAACAAUCUACGACGUGGCCCCCAAGAUCCUUCCCAUGUUCGACAGCAAACUCGCCGACUACGCACUCAAACUCUUCGACCGCGACGGCAUCAAGAUAAAAACCGAACACCACAUCCAAAACCUGCAACCAGGACUCCCCGGAAACCCCGCCAAUAGCGGAGGAUGUUACACGCUCAAAACGAAAGAAGAGGGCGAAUUUGGAGUGGGAAUGUGUGUCUGGAGUACAGGACUGAUGAUGAACCCCUUCAUCCAGCGUGCUUUAGACGACGUCCACAUCUACCCAACACGCAGCGCCAAAAUCUCCGCCUCGGAAUCAACAGACCCAGCAUCAACACAGUGGUCACUCAAACGCUCCCCCCGCAACGGCGGUCUCAUGGUCGACGAUAAAUUCCGCGUCAAGCUCGUCCCACGAGACUCCAUCGCCUCAGCGUCGACCUCCAAAUCCAAGUCCCCCGACACGCCCACCCCGGAAGCAACCAUGCACGACGUCUUCGCACUCGGCGACGUCUCGGUGCUCGAGACCGUGCAACUGCCAGCAACAGCACAAGUCGCAUCGCAAGAAGCGAAAUGGCUUGGCAAAGCGCUGAAUCGAGGACUUACGGACGACACGCGCGGGUUCAAGUAUUCUGAUAUGGGCGUGUUGACGUAUGUAGGUGGUAUGAAGGCGAUUAUGCAGGGGAAGGGUGGGACUGAGAUAAAAGGGAGAACAGCAUGGCUAAUCUGGCGAGGUGCCUACCUAACAAAAACCAUCAGUUGGAGGAACAAACUGUUGAUUCCAAUUUACUGGGCAAUAAACUGGUGUUUCGGCCGCGACAUAUCUCGAUUCUAG